UAUUAUAACCUUCAAAUCACAUGAUUACUACUUACUUGUAAUCUGCAGAAUUCUGCUUGCGUGAGUUUUUAUAAACUACAAUAUGUUUUGAUUUGAUUGUUAUUGUAAUGUCAGAUCUAAAAAUCACUGUCGAGGCCGAAUUAACCAGAAAAUUUUAUGUAUCAAUUAUCAUCCCAAUUCAUAAUGGAUCAAAAUGGAUUGAUAGUUGCUUUAAUUCAAUAUUACAGCAAACAGCUAAAGAUAAAUUGAAUUUAGAAGUUUGCAUUUGCAAUGAUGCAUCUACUGAUAACACAGCAGAACUUUUAUCAGAAUGGGAACAAAAGUUUAAUGAUAAUCAUAUUAAAGUUAGGAUGUUCACAAAUACCUCAGGACAACCAAAAGGAGUUGGGUAUGCCAAAAACCAAGCUGUAGGUGUCUCAACAGGAAAUUAUUUGUGUUUCCAAGACAUUGAUGAUAUAAUGCUACCAAAUAGAGUGUUAUCUCAAUAUACACUUGCAGAACAAGUACCUAAAAAUACUUUGAUUGGUAGUAAAUUUCAAAGGGAACCAGAAGACUCUACUAUAAGAUACACAAAGUGGGCUAAUUCUUUAACUGACAAACAACUAAAUGAACAGAUUUAUACAUCUCAUGGUCCAACAGUUAUUAUGCCAACUUGGUUUUGUCAUAGGGAAAUCUUUGAAAAAAUUGGUGGUUUUAAUGAGGAGGGCAAAGGUACACCUGAAGAUCUUAUAUUUUUUUAUGAACAUAUAAAUAACGAUGGACGAGUUGCUAGAGUUGAUGAAACAUUGCUAAUUUAUAGAUAUCAUGAAGAAGCUACAACUUUUUCUAUUAAAGAAGAAACAAUUUGGAAUGUAAGAAUGAGACAGUUAGAAAAAAAUGUUUUAAAUAAGUGGAAUGCAUUUACUAUUUGGAAUGCGGGUAAACAAGGUCGGAAAUUCUAUAAUUGUCUGAAUAAGAGUAAUAAGGAUAAGGUGAUUGCGUUUUGCGACGUCGACGUGAAGAAAAUUAAACGAAAAUACUGUCCAUAUGAUCCAAUUUUGAGAAAAGCUGGCAAAACAGUAGAUAUUGUUCAUUUUAAGGAAGCAAAACCGCCGUUCAUAAUAUGUAUGAAGCAGGAUCUGACUAAAGGAGUUUUUGAAGACAAUUUAAAAUCUCUGAAUCUGAUUGAAAAUACUGAUUAUAUAUUUUUUAGUUGACAUAAAACAUUAAAAACAUUGAAGACACUAA